GUACGCGCGCUGCCUUUGCGCGGCUGCUUGCUGCCUUUGCAGACUUUUAAACAAUGCCGCUGGGUCGACUCGAUCUGCAAACGGCACGGAGGGAAAUCCAGAUGAUUGUCGCAGCUGCUAAAAUGCGUCUCCACCCCCGAAUGUAACCUCAGUUUAUAUUUGGCUUAAAGGAGACGCAACAAAGCGCACAAAAUGGUUGUGCUCCAGGCCCGGGCGAAUAAGUAGGUUUACUAUAGCUUUAAGAACGCGAAAAUAGUGUCUGCUUCUUUAAAAUUAUAUCGGUUUAUUAAUGAAUAGACAAUUAAGAAAAGUUUUCAAUUUCUAAUCAAUAAAUGUACGCAUUUAAUUUGCGACGAACUCAGCGCACUCACAGAAAAUGCCCCACUGUUGGAUAAAGGCCGCUUGCAAUCAAAACGUCUUUAAAUCAGAUGUGGUCCGUUUUUCCUCUAAUUGCAAGUAAACCUGCUUGACUUUAAGCGGAAUUUAAGGUAGGCUGAAGUGUCCUCACGGUGAUGGAGCCGGUCGGCGACCGAACUGGGGAUGUAAAUAAAGGUGAGGAACCGGCGGAGGACAAGGCCGCAGAUCAGACCCCGGCCACCAGUGCUACCGUUACACCGCGGAGGGGUCUCAGAGAGCGCGGAGCGGGCCGCCCGAGGUCCGGCGUCUCCGCUUCAUUAACGGACGUUAACGGAGCUGCGUCGGGACGGGUUUUGAGAGACAGGUCAACGAGGGCAGUACCGGCCUGGCUGAAGGACACCAAGAGCGACGACGAAGACGAACCGAGCCCGGACACCGGCGCGACCAAGCGGAGGAAAGUUUCCAACUCCAGGCGGAAGAAAAAUUCAGAAUCUGUGGGUUCGGCAGAGCCUGGAGGGGGGGUCGCAGGUGAAAGCCUUCAAGGCACAGACUCGGAGGACCCCAGGAAACCUGCCACAGAUGCUCAAGCUCUUCCCUCCAGACGCCCCCCAGCCCAGACGCGUGCCAAGCCCCCGUCUGGCAGGGCCAGCCGCAGCUCUGCCAAGCCUGUGUGUAAGACCGAACCUGGAAUGGAGAAUCCAGCUGCAGUGGAAGGAGAGGUGAACAGUAAAGAGAAGUAUGAAAUUGAAAAGAGAGAGGAGGAAAGUCAGAAUGUUGCUGAACCAGUCUUGGGUGAUGAAGACCCUCCAUUUCAGGAUGACCCUGACGACCUCAACUACCAGCCACAGAGUCAGGGCGGGGCAGAGGAGGAAGAGGUCCUCAGCAGUGACGAAGAUGUUCCUUUCAGAGACGACUUAAAUGACCAGAGCUAUGACCCGAAGGCUGAAAGGGAUGCCCCUAAACCAAAGCGCAGAGCUCCUCCUCGACAGAAGGAGAAGAAAGAAAAAGAAAAGGGACCUAAAAAAGAGAAAGAGGUCGCUGAGAUAAAGAUAGAAGGUUCGGACAACUUGGAGAGUGUGGAAGAGGAAGUAAAGCUAGAAGAAGAAAUUGUAGAGGACCCGAAUGGACCCAGGAAGAGAGGCCGACGGAAAAAAGAUGACAAAACCCCUCGGCUGCCGAAGAGAAGAAAGAAGCCCCCAGUGCAAUAUGUGCGCUGUGAAAUGGAAGGAUGUGGGACAGUCCUGGCUCAUCCUCGCUACCUACAGCACCAUAUAAAAUACCAGCACUUGCUCAAGAAGAAAUAUGUAUGUCCUCACCCGUCAUGUGGAAGGCUUUUCCGCCUACAGAAGCAGCUGCUGCGUCAUGCAAAGCACCACACAGACCAGAGAGACUACAUCUGUGAGUUCUGUGCUCGGGCAUUCAAGAGCUCCCACAACCUGGCUGUGCACCGCAUGAUCCACACAGGAGAGAAGCCCCUACAGUGUGAGAUCUGUGGCUUCACCUGUCGCCAGAAGGCGUCUCUAAACUGGCACAUGAAGAAGCACGAUGCUGAUGCCACCUAUCAGUUCUCCUGCUCCAUUUGUGGUAAGAAGUUUGAGAAGAAGGACUGUGUGGUUGCCCAUAAGGCCAAGAGUCACCCAGAGGUGCUCAUUGCCGAGGCGCUGGCAGCCAACGCUGGCGCCCUCAUCACAACCCCCGCCUCCAUGCUGGAGCUGCCAGGAAACCCCAUGCAAGCAGAGGUCCCCGGCUUGGAAGUGAGCCAAGUAGGGCAGGAUGGGCAGGUGGACCAGCUGAGCCAGGAUGGGCAAGUUGGGCAGCAGGUGGCUCAGGUGUCCCAGAUGGGUCACGUGACCCAACAAGUGAGUCACCAGGUGGUUUUACUGGGACAGGACCAGAGCCUCCAUGCCAUGCAGGUGCCAGUGACGAUUGCCCUGUCCCCCAUCGACCCCCCUUCACCGGCUGACAACCAGCAGCAGACUCACCUCCAGCUGCAGAUGCCCGUCCAGUUUGUGCAGACCGCUCAGCAGCCACAACAGCCCCAAAUCCAACAACUGACCCUCCAUUCCAGCUCAGUGGUGACCCAGCAACGGCCCCAGCUCCAGCCUCUUCAGUCCUAUUCCUCCCAUCAGCAGAGCCCGGGGCAGACACAAAUCCUACAAAUGACCUUCCAGCCGGUCAGCCAGUCCCAGACCCACAUUCAGCAGAUCCCCAUCCUAACGACCUCUCAUCAACUUCAGACCCUGCAGACAGCCGCCCCGAGCCCCCCUCUCCUGUCCCCAUCCCAACCCCAGUCCCAGGAUCCAGCCUCCCCUAACGGGGACAGCUUUAUUCUGGACAAUCCGGUGCUCACGUCCUCUACUCCGUCAGUUAACUCCCUCCAGCAGAGAGAGGCUGCGGGUCAGGACGGCGUGGUCUGGGAGCAGACAGGACAAGGGGAAGUUCUAGCUGAUGGCAGUGAGAGACAUGUGCAGCAGGCCCUCAUGUAAAAAAAAAAAAAGGAUGCAGCGCACAAAUAAGAAAAUAGAGGAAGAUUAUGUCAUCAGUGACCUGAUAUACUGUAUCGCAUUGUUUGAGGUAAAUGUAGGAUCAUCAAUAUAUUAUGUACUGUUCACUCAUAGUCAUAUUUGGUAGUUUUUUAGAAUAUCUGUAUCAGGGAAAGAUAUGUAUAUGUCUGUGUCUGUAAGUUGUUGCCUUUGUACAUAACAGUCCUGUAAACUUAACUAGCCUUUUA